AUGGUAAAGAAAAAGACUAGUAUGAAAGAUCAUGCCCAAGGCACUAUCUCAAUGCAUGCUUUUAUGGAGAGAAUUCAAAAGAAUAAGGCUGGUAGUAAUAAUAAUGGUGACUCGCAAACAAGUGACUCUACUACAGCUACUGCUACCUCUACUCCAACCAAAUCUCCUUCUGUCAAAAAGGUUGAACCUUCGUCAUCAUCAUCAUCGACAACAUCAACAUCAUCGACAAAAUCAAAGGAUAAGAGAAAUAGUGUAGAUUCAAGUAGUAAAUCAUCUUCAUCAUCAUCAUCAAAGACAUCAAUUCUAAAAAAGAGAAAGGAUAUGGAUCAUGAUAGUCACGAUGAUGAUGAGCCAGACAAUCGUAGUGACAAGAAAAAACAAGAAAAGAAGGGUUCAGGAUCAGGUAAUGGUGAAAGUAAAAAGUCAUCAUCCUCCUCAUCUUCAUCCUCCAAACAAUCAAGUAAGAUUAAAGAUGAUAUCUUUGAUGACGAUGAUAUUUUCCAAGAAGAUUCAGACAAGGAGAAUAGAACAACUCAUCAUAGAUUGAAAAAGACAAAGACUGUAGCUGCUCCUGCUCCUGCUGUUGAACCUUCACCAAAAAAGAAGAAAAAGCAAAGUACUACUAGCAAAUCUCCAUCUUCAACACCAACCAAAUCAUCAACAAACAAACUUAAUUUCAACAACAAUAAUGGCGGUGGAAACGGUGAGCAACCAUCCACCCCAAUUAAAAUGGAAUCACUUACAUCAUCCUUGUCAGUCAAGUCGGAAAAGGAAAAGAGUGAUAAACAUUCUCAUUCAAAAGAUACCAAAGAUACUACUACUAAACGUCACCAAUCACCUUCUAAACAACAACAACAUCAAUCACCUGCAAAGAGUGCGAUAGAUGCAUUCUUUUCUCCAUCUAAACAAUCAUCAUCUUCAUCUUCAAAAGUUGCACCACCUGCAACACCUGAAAAGAAAGAACCAACUCCUCAAAUUAUACCUUCUUUUAAAAAGGAAAAGGUUAAUAUGUUGGAUGAAUACAUACCGAGUCAUGAUGAUGAUGAUACUGAAGAGGAUAUUGAAAUGUCUGAUGAUGCAGGUGUUGCAGAUAAUUUUGAUCAACAACAACAACAACAAAAGCAAAAGGAAAAGGAAAAGGAAACUGAAAUGGAAUUGGAGAAACGGUCAAAGGAAAGUUUUAUGAUUCAGAAAAAGAUGAAGAUGGAAGAAGAAAAGGCUAAAAAGGAAAAAGAACAAUCUUCCAUGUUGUUUAAUGAUGAUGAUCAAAAGGAAAAGGAAGAAAGAGCUAAAAAGGAAAAAGAACAAUUGUUGGAAAAAGAAAGAAUUAAAAAGGAACAAUUGGAAAAGGAGGAAAGAGCUAAAAAGGAACAAUUGGAAAGAGAAAACAAGAUUAAAUUGGAAAAGGCCAAACAACUUGCUGAAAAGGAGAGAUUGGAAAAAGAGGAAAGAGAAAAGCAAAAGAAAAGAGUUAGUAUCGAGAAAAAGAAACAACAAGAAGAUCUUGAUGAUAUUGAUUCGACAGAUGAAGAAGCUGAUCGUGUAACAAGACAUAUUACUCCAACCAAACUUCAGCAACAACAACAACAACAGGAGAAAAAGACACCACCACCUCCAUCUUCUCUUAAAAAACUCACAUCUGGUAUCUAUGCACCUGAUAGUAUAUUUGAUGAUGACGAUGAAGAUGAUAUCUAUUCAACUAUAAAAUCAUCUCAAAAGAGAGAUAAUAGUAUUAGUAGUAGUAGUACUACAACUACUCCAAUGUCACCAAAACCAAACAAAAACUAUGAUGUUUCAAAACAACUAAACUCUGUCAAAAAGGAACCAAAGAAUGACGGUGAUAAUGAAGAUUUAACUGAAGAGGAAACACAAGACAUGCGAGAAACACGUGCACUCAGUAAAGAUAAAUUGAUUGGUUCAUUGAUACACGAGGAUCAAGUCAAACAUGAACAACAUCACGAUACAAAACCAUCAACACCAUCGAAACCAUCUAUAUUGGUUAGAAAAACACCUGCCAAACCAUCAACUCCCUCUUCUACUUCCACUUCAACAACAACAACUAAAAACAAUAUUACAAAGACUAUUGUUCACAAUAAUACACCAAUCAAGGUAGCAGCACCAUCACCUGCCAAGGUUGUAGAACCUCCAUCACCUGCCAAACCAAACAAACCCACUCCCAAGAGAAAGGCAGGUGCAAAGGAACCGGCACCUGAAAAGACAGAAGAGGAAAAGAGAAUAGCCAAGGAGAAGCAAAGACAAUUCCUCAUGAAGGGAGGCAAGUGUGCACCACCACCCAACAAGGGUUCCAAGCCUGAACCACGUGGUGCUCCAAAAUGUCUAGCCAAAAAGUACUUUACCGUCACUGGUGUAUUGGACUGCUUUGAAAGAACUGAAAUCAAAGGAUUUGUCCAAUUGUAUGGAGGUCAAUUCUCUGACAAUGUCAUUAAAAAGAUUACUCAUGUGGUCGUUGGAGAAGGUGGUGGUGAAAAGAAAAAAGAAAUAAUUGACGAUAGAUUAAGGGAAAAGAGUAUUGUUGUCCUUACAGAAGAUGAAUUUUUGGCCAUGAUCAAUAAUUCAUUUGAUCAAGGUAGUGAUAGAGACAUGUCUCCCCAACAACAACAAGAUGAUGAAAUGGAUUUGGAUGAAAUUGAAAAUAGUGAUAGUGAUAGAGAUAGAACAACAACAUCAACUAGUACUACUACUAGUACUAGUAAUAGUGGUAAUAAUAGUUAUAGUUCAACUCCACCAAUCAUUAAAGACUCUGAAUCUGAAAGUGAUAGAGAUAUUAAACGACCAAUGCCAACAGCUGCUCCAAUAGCAAAGAAAACAAUUUCAUUGUCUAUAUCCAAAUCAAAACCAACUAAUAGUAAUAAUAUUAAUAAUAAUAAUAUCAAUAAUAAUAGUAAUGGUGAAUUUAGACAAGCACAAGUAUCAAGUAAACAAAUGGGAUUUGCACCAGCAAGUAAUCAAAGAUUUGUCAAUGCAAUGAGUGAUUCUGUUCAAAGUGAUAUGGAUUUGAUCAAACUUCCAGCAUCAUUUAAAAACAUUAAAAAAGGAAAUGAUAUGAUGUGGGUCGAUAAAUACAAGCCAACCACUAGUUCCGAUAUCAUUGGUAAUCCUGGUAUGAUUUCUCAUCUCAAAGAGUUUCUAAUGGAUUUUGACAAACCUCUUAGAAAAUACAAGCUCAAUGCUGUAUUGAUUGCUGGUCCACCAGGUAUUGGAAAGACAACUUGUGCUAGUAUGAUACUCAAGGAAAUGGGUUACGAUGUCAUUGAAAUGAAUGCUUCAGAUACUAGAAGUAAAAAUGAUAUUGAUCAUUUAUUAGGUGGUGUAUCUGAUAAUACUUCAAUUACUCAAUUCUUUUCUGUUAAUAAACAAGUAAAAACAAAGAAAAAAGCAAUUAUUAUGGAUGAAGUUGAUGGAUCAUCAGGUAAUAAUGAUAGAGGCGGUAUAAAGGAAAUCAUUGGUAUGAUUAAAACGAGCAAGGUACCAUUUAUUUGUAUAUGUAAUGAUUAUUAUAGUACAAAGAUCAAAUCUUUGAAAUCAUAUUGUCUAGAAAUGAGAUUUAAUCGUCCAACUCCCAAACAAGUAUCAGACAGACUAUUGCAAAUUGCCAAAAAUGAAGGAAUGCAAUUAAAUCAAUACAUGGCCGAGAAAUUAUUUCUCUCAACCAAAAAUGAUAUUCGUCAAACUAUUCAUUUAAUGCAAAUGUUGAAUAGAGGAAAUAAUGAAAAAAUUAAUCCUUUAAAUAUUGAUAAAAAGAUUGAAAUGGCAGUAAAAGAUUUUGAAACAAGUCCAUUUGAAGCUAGUAGUGUUUUAUUAUCAAGUGCAAACAAAACAUUAAAUGAAAGAAUGGAAUUAUAUUUUAGUGAUUAUAAUUUAAUUCCAUUGAUGGUUCAAGAAAAUUAUUUGACAAAUGUACCUAGAAAUCAAACUACCGAUAGAAAGGGAUAUACAAACGAAAUGGAAUUAUUCUCAAAGGCUGCAGAAUCUAUUAGUGAAUCUGAUGUUGUUAGCAAGGAAAUUUAUUCUCAUCAAAGUUUUGAAUUAUUACCAACCUAUGCUAUCAUGUCUACUAUUAUUCCAUGUCAUUUAAUUCAUGGAAGUAGUACAAAUUUUUAUCCAACUUUUCCUCAAUAUCUUGGAAAACAAUCAAAUUAUGGUAAACAAAAAAGAUUUGUAUCUGAACUUCAAUUACAUAUGAGAUCAUCAUCGGCUCAAUCACUUGCCAAUAAGAGUGAAACUAGACUUUACUAUACUCCCAUGUUUAAACAUUACAUGGUACAACCAAUGAUUAGAGACAAGGCUGAUGGUGUUGAAUCGGUUAUUGAUUUUAUGGACGAGUAUGGCCUCACUGAAGAAGAUCGUGACGACGUGAUCGAAUUGACAACUUGGGGUGUAAAGGUUGAAGAAUCUGAGGAAUUAAAGUCUAUCCCACCAGCUGUCAAAUCCUCAUUUACCAGAAAAUGGAGAGCUGGUUCACAUGCAGUUUAUGAUGUUUCAAUGUCUGCAACCAGAGGUAACAGUGUCUCUGACCACGCCUCUACAAUGGACUUUGAAGAAGCCGGUGCACAAGAAGAGUCAACUGCCAAGAUUGAAGAAGAGGAAGAUCAACAAUCAGAAGAACAAGCUCAACAAGAUGUAGUGGAUAAAUUAAUUAAACCUUCCAAAAGUAGUUCAAAACAACCUGCCAAAGCUGCUGCCAAAAAGAAACCUGCUGCUACUAAAAAAAAAUAA